CCAUAGAGGAGGGCAGAGUUGUUACACCGGAACAGUGAGGGUGAGCACCAGGACAGACCAGAACACCACAACCAGUCCCUGCUGUUUAUACCGACCAGUAGCGGAGGGAGGCUUUCCCUUUGAGCUAAUAUUUAUUUUACUUUACAGCAGCAGGAAGAGAGCAGCUGGUUACCGGUUAGUCAGUCAGAGCGCGCGGACCAGCAGCAGCUAGCUUAGCUUAGCUUAGCUUUAGAAGAAGGAAGCUUCCAGCAUGAGGCUAAAGGUGGGAUUCCUCCUGCGGAGUUUACUGCUCAUUGGGACCUUCCUGGGUUUGGUGAUACUCUGGUCAUCUCUGUCUCCGAAGCCCAACGAUGACAACCCGUUCGCUAAAAGGCAGGGGGACAGUUUCCUCCCCAAAGAGGACUUGGCGGAUCAGUUCAAGCCUGUGGUCCCCUGGCCCCGGGUGGAGGGGGUGGAGGUUGACCUGAACUCUAUCAGACUGAAGCAUGGAGGAGCCGACCCUCAGGGCCAGCAGCAGCAGCAGCAGCAGCCGGACCAGAAGCAGGUCAUCCAGCAGCAGUAUGUCACAUACAAACCUCAGACGCACGCCUACAACAGCCCCGUGCUCAGGAAAGGGAUCCUGGGAAACUUUGAGCCCAAGGAGCCUGAAGCUGAGGGAAUCCCUGGGGGUCCAGGGGAGGGAGCCAAGCCCUUCGUUUUGGGUCCGGAGUACAAAGACUCGGUCCAGGCUUCCAUUAAGGAGUUUGGUUUCAACAUGGUGGCCAGUGACAUGAUCUCCCUGGACAGAACCAUCAAUGAUUUACGCCAUGAAGAGUGUAAAUACUGGCACUAUGACGACCGGCUGCUGACCUCCAGCGUCAUCAUAGUGUUCCAUAACGAGGGCUGGUCCACGCUGAUGAGGACCGUGCACAGCGUCAUCAAGAGGACGCCCAGGAGAUAUCUGGCUGAGAUCGUCCUCAUAGACGACUUCAGUAACAAAGUCCACCUGAAGGAGCGUCUGGAGGAUUACAUCAAGCAGUGGAACGGCCUGGUGAAACUCUUCAGAAAUGAUAAAAGGGAGGGACUGAUCCAGGCCAGGAGCAUCGGAGCCAAUAAGGCCACCAAAGGACAGGUUCUGAUCUACCUGGAUGCUCACUGUGAGGUUGGAAUCAACUGGUACGCUCCGCUUGUUGGGCCCAUCUCAGAGGACAGGACAGUUUGCACAGUUCCCCUGAUAGAUUAUAUAGAUGGUAAUAAGUACACUAUGGAGCCCCAGCAGGGUGGAGAUGAGGACGGCCUGGCUAGAGGAGCCUGGGAUUGGAGCCUGCUCUGGAAGAGAGUCCCACUUAGCCAGAAAGAGAAGGCCAAGAGAAAAUAUACCACCCAACCCUACCGAUCUCCAGCAAUGGCCGGAGGUCUCUUUGCUAUAGAGCGAGAGUUCUUCUUUGAGCUGGGUCUGUAUGAUCCCGGCCUGCAGAUAUGGGGAGGAGAGAACUUUGAAAUAUCCUAUAAGAUCUGGCAGUGCGGCGGCCAGUUGCUCUUUGUGCCAUGUUCUCGUGUCGGCCAUAUCUACAGGCUGCAGGGCUGGCAGGGAAACCCCCCACCUGCACACGUUGGCUCCUCCCCCACGCUAAAGAACUACGUCCGUGUGGUGGAGGUGUGGUGGGAUGAUUAUAAGGACUACUUCUACGCCAGCCGUCCUGAAACUCUGACCCUGGCCUACGGAGACAUCAGCGAUCUGAAGCGUUUCAGAGAGGAGCAUCGAUGCAAAAGUUUCAAAUGGUUCAUGGAGGAGAUCGCCUACGACAUCCCACAUCACUACCCUCUUCCUCCAAAGAACGUGGAGUGGGGGGAGAUCCGAGGGUUUGAGACCAGCUACUGCAUUGACAGCAUGGGACACACCAAUGGAGGGAAUGUGGAAAUGGGCCCCUGCCACCGGAUGGGGGGCAACCAGCUGUUCCGCAUCAAUGAAGCCAACCAGCUGAUGCAGUACGACCAGUGCCUGACCAGAGGGGAGAACUCAGCCGUCAUCAUCACACACUGUGAGAGGAACCAGCACACAGAGUGGAGCUACUUCAAGGAUCUCCAUCGGUUCACUCAUGUUCCAACAGGUAAAUGCCUGGACCGCUCAGACCUGCUCCACAAAGUGUUCAUAUCGGACUGCGACGUCAGUAAAAGCACCCAGAAAUGGGAGAUGAACAACAUCGUCGCCGUAUGAAGAGUUAAAGGAAUCCAGCCUUGGAUGGAGAAACAUCUGGUGAUUUUUAUUUUUUUUUCCAUGAGGACAUGCACCACUAAAUGUAUCCGAGCGGCAGGUUUUAUCCUGAAUGACUCGACUGAGGCGC